GCCCCCGCGGCAGGCACUUCCGGCGGCCGCGGCGCUUGGGAGGAAGUGCGGGUCGGCGGCGAGGGCGGAAGCCGGGCGCCGGGCCGCUCUAGCCGACGAGGGCGGCGGACUCUCUAUGACUCGGCUUGGAGACUGCGCGGAGGAGGUUCCCGGCCAAGGGCGCGGGGCGCGGUCUGGGCGACGGGGCCCGGCCCGGAGGUGACAGCUCCGCUCCCAGGCCUCGGCUCUGACGACCCUGCAGAAUGGACGAGGACAGCCUGCAGGCCGCCCUCCACACCUAUGACGCGCAGCUGCAGCAGGUGGAGCUGGCCCUGGGCGCCGGCCUGGAUCCCUCCGAGCUGGCGGACCUGCGCCAGCUGCAGGGGGACCUGAAGGAGCUGAUCGAGCUCACGGAGGCCAGCCUGGUGUCUGUCCGAAAGAGCAAGCUGCUGGCUGCACUGGAUGGAGCGCAGCCAGCUCAGGACGGCACUGAGUACCCGGCUCUCCAGAAGGCCGGUGAGGUGCCACUAGCCUCCAGGGCAGAAUUGGAAACUGUCCCCGACAGAGGCGCAGAGCCAGAGCCCACCAAGCCUGGGCAGGUGGAAGACGAAGGACAGGACGCGGAGGACGAAAGGGGGGACUCGGAGGACGAGGGAGAGCUGAGUGGACAGAAGGUGAACGCCCCUUACUACAGCCCGUGGGGCACCCUGGAGUAUCACAACGCCAUGGUCGUGGGCACGGAGGAGGCCGCCGAUGGCUCGGCCGGCGUCCGCGUGCUCUACCUGUACCCCACCCACGCAUCCCUGAAGCCCUGCCCGUUCUUCCUGGAGGGGAGGUGCCGGUUCAAGGAGAACUGCAGGUUCUCCCACGGGCAGGUGGUCCCUGUGGCCGAGCUGCGUCCCUUCCAGGAGCCAGACCUCAGCUCCCUGCAGGCCGGCUCUGCGUGUCUGGCCAAGCAGCAGGAUGGUCUCUGGUACCCGGCACGGGUCACGGAUGUGGACAGCGGCUACUACACCAUCAGGUUCGACUCGCUGCCGCUGCAGGAGGCCGUGGUGGAGGGGGGUGCCAUCCUGCCCCCACUGCGUGCGGAGUCCACGGCCUCCUCGGGCUCAGACAGCAGCGAUGUGGACGACCCCAGCUACGCCAAAGUGCUAGAGCCCGGUGCUGCUGAUCCUGGGGCCUGUAGCUCCGCCUUCGCGGGCUGGGAGGUGCACACACGGGGCAUAGGCUCCAAGCUGCUCGCCAAGAUGGGCUACGAGUUCGGCAAAGGUCUGGGCCGCCACGCAGAGGGCCGGGUGGAGCCCAUCCACGCAGUGGUGCUUCCUCGGGGCAGGUCUCUGGACCAGUGUGCCAAGGUCCUGCAGCAGACAGCCAAGGGCCGCAAGGCUGGCACCAGCAGGCCCCCAAAGUGCCGGGGCCGAGCGGGCAGCCCUAGGGGCCGCCCGCCCCCUCGGAGCGUGUUCGACUUUCUGAACGAGAAGCUGCAAGGCGAGGCUCCCAGGGCCCCAGAUGCAGGGGUGGCCCCCGCAGGGAGGUGCAGCGGCAAGGAGCUGUACCACGCCAGCAGGAGCACCAAGCGGGCCCUGAGCCUGCGGCUCUUCCAGACUGAGGAGAAGAUCGAGCAGGCCCAGCGGGACAUCCGAGGCAUCCAGGAGGCCCUCGCCCGCAACGCCGGCCGGCACAGCGUGACAGUGGCCCAGCUGCAGGAGAAGCUGGCAGGAGCCCAGCGGCAGCUGGGGCAGCUCCGGGCCCAGGAGGCGGGCCUGCAGAGGGAGCAGAGGAAGGCAGACACCCACAAGAAGAUGACAGAGUUCUAGAGUCACACACGCACCACGGAAGAGCCAGUGUCACCCAACUACCAGAAGCCACCAGGGGAGGGGCUGGCCCACUCCCAGGCCAGACUUCGUGGUCAGCCUUCUCGCCAGCCGGGGGGCGUGUGGACACCGCUCAGUGGAGAUGGGUUGCAGGGUCACUUGGUGCUCAUGUGCCCGCUGAGCCUGCCCGCCCGCGUCCCGGGAGUCUGCUUAGCAAGGACGGACAUUAAAAUGAUUGUGCUGAGGUG